GUUGUCACCGCCGCGUAUCUCAGCCAAACAGCCAGUUUGGUCAAAACGAUUUCAACGAACGAACCGAACGGAUCUCUGUUUCUGGUCUUGCUACUGAGCAGCCUGUUUUUUUUCUAACGACCCCCCGACAUUCGACCAAAACAAGCUUUCCCAAUCAUGGGUAUCGGCUAUGGCACCUCCGACGAGCAGCUGGAGAAGCAGAUAGGCUGCGUGAAGUACACCCUGUUCUGCUUCAACAUCGUGGCCUGGAUGAUUGCGACGGCGCUGUUCGCCCUCACGGUCUGGCUGAGGGCUGAGCCCGGCUUCAACGACUGGCUGCGCAUCCUGGAGGCGCAGUCCUUCUACAUCGGCGUGUACGUGCUCAUCGGCAUCAGCAUCGUGAUGAUGGCAGUGGCCUUCCUCGGCUGCCUGAGCGCCCUGAUGGAGAACACCCUGGCGCUGUUCGUGUUCGUGGGCACUCAGGUCUUUGGCUUCAUUGCCAUUGUGGCCGGAUCGGCGGUCCUGAUGCAGUUCAGCACCAUCAACUCCAGCCUGCAGCCGCUGCUGAAUGUGUCGCUGCGCGGCUUUGUGGCCACCUCGGAGUACACCUACUCCAACUACGUGCUGACCAUGAUCCAGGAGAAUAUCGGCUGCUGCGGCGCCACCGGGCCGUGGGAUUACCUCGAUCUGCGCCAGCCGCUGCCCAGCUCUUGCCGCGACACCGUCAGCGGCAACGCCUUCUUCAACGGCUGCGUGGACGAGUUGACCUGGUUCUUCGAGGGCAAGACCGGUUGGAUUGUGGCCCUGGCCAUGACCCUCGGCAUGCUCAACGUCAUCUGCGCGGUGAUGAGCUUCGUCCUCGUGCAGGCGGUGAAGAAGGAGGAGGAGCAGGCCAGAAACUACCGCCGCUGAAGUGCCCAGUGCCCCCUAAGUAACUUAGUUAGUAGCGACAAGUGACCCUGCGAUAGAUCUAAGAAUUCAUACCCAGUUCGAACAAUAAGUACAAUAAAGAUUGCGACCCCAUACACG